UAUUUGCUUGUGUUUAUUUUGCCUAUUGUUGUUCAAGUUCUGUCUAUCUGGUGUUUGUUAAAUAGCUUCAAUAAUACACAUACUGAAAAGAAGAAGAAGAAGAAGAAGAAACUUCUCUUUUAUCAUUGUUGUAGGAAGCAAUCUUUUGUUUGGGGACUGAAUCUGCAGAAAUAAUGGAAGUAGUCGAGACCCCGUCAUAUCCGACUUCCUUUAAGGUGCAUUGCAUGAUGUGCACAGAACUUCGCAAGUUUGUUGAUAGAAUUACAAAGAUAUUUCCGGAUAUCGAAGCUGCUCGACCGAGAUGUUCCUCAGGAAUAAAGGCACUGUGCUCACUGAACGGUGCAAUCGACAGAGCAAAGUUACUUCUUCAAUACUGCAGUGAAUCCAGCAAACUCUAUCUGGCAAUAAGAACCGAUGCCAUAGUCUCAAGAUGUCGAAAAACGAAGAAUUUGUUGGAACAAUGUUUAUGCCAUAUUCAGAGUAUGGUUCCGGUUAAGUUGGCUGAUGAGAUCUCUCAAAUUGUUGGUGAUCUCCGAGCUGCAAAUUUUUUCCCAGAUAAAUUUGAAGAAGAGGCCGGGAAAGUUGUACGUGAAUUACUCCAGCGAAGAGCUGCGGCUCCGGAUUCAAUCGAAUAUGCUGAAAUGAAAGCUCUUCAAACUGCAGCAUCAAGACUUCAUAUCACUUCUCCGAAAGCCAUCUCGAUAGAGAAAGAAUCUAUAAAGAAGUUGCUUGAAAAAAUCAGUGACGGUGAUCAACAAAAGAAGAAGAUCUUGAAAUAUCUUCUAUAUAUGUUAAGUAAGUAUCCUAACUUGAUUAUCGGAGUGCAAACAGACAACACUAGAGAUCGGAAUGAAGGAGCCUUUGCAGCGCAUACUCGCUCAGCUGAUGUCAAAUCUCAUUCGGAGUAUAAGCAGUAUGAUGCUAGAGCAGAAACGUCAAAUCGAGCUACAAUACCUCCCGAGGAAUUCAAGUGCCCCUUAUCUUCAAGAUUGAUGUAUGAUCCUGUUGUCAUUGCUUCUGGACAAACAUUUGAAAGGACUUGGAUCCAGAAAUGGUUUGAUGAUGGUAACGAAACGUGCCCCAAGACCGAGAUGAAACUGGACCAUCUUUCAUUGACCCCAAAUGCUUCCUUGAAGGUUCUGGUCACAGAAUGGUGUAGGAAAUAUGGAAUCACCAUGCAGGACACAAGCAUGCAACCGGACGUCCUUCCUUCAUUGGAAAAUUCUUCCACUUCCAUAUCUACUUUUGGCAGUUCUAUGAAUGAUCUGCGCUUUCUAUUAGACAUCAGCAACAAAUCACUUGGAUCUUUAGAUACUAGUUAUACUUCGGAUGGAUCUCGGAACAGGACUGAAGAUGGCUCUAGUUUGAUGCCUGAGAAGACCAGUGAUGAUCUUAGGCGAUAUCGAUCUCUCAGAAAAACAGCCGAGACCGAGUUGGAGUGUCUUUCUGGCCUUGCCAAGAUGAUUGAAGACAUUAAAAACCAUUUGAAAUGUGUUGAUCUAGACUGUCUUCAUUUGUCGUCUAAAAAUUUCAUUGAACCCCUAAUUAGAUUUUUGAGCAGUGCUGAUGAUUUGCAUGAUAUAAGAGCCCGGAGAGCUGGAUUUCAGUUGUUAUCAACACUUCUGAGCAAAAACAGGAAUGGCACACGAUACUUAAGUGAAGAUGCAUACUGUAUGCUGUCAUCGUUUAUUGGCUCUGAAGUAACUCGAGAGGUUCUUGACAUUAUGUUAGUAUUGUCUGAACACAGCAGUUGUGGAUCUAAGAUAUAUGCAUCGGGUGCUCUUGUUUCCAUGUUAAACAUGCUCGAAUUGAACAUCAAAGUUUUCCAGGAACAAAUCCUCGAAAUUUUGCGUAAUCUGUCCUCAAGCACCGAUAUUUGUUCCGAACUGGUGUUUUUGGAGUGCAUCCCGAAGCUUGUUCCAUACUUACAAGACACAACACUCGCAAGGCACUGCAUAGUGCUGUUGAGAAACUUGUGCAGUAUCCAAGAAGCUAGGACUUGGAUCACUCAAACAUCUGGCUGCAUUGCUUCUAUCGCUACGUUACUCGAGGCCGGCGAUCACGAGAAUCAAGAGCAUGCACUGGCUAUUCUCCUUACAUUGUGCUCGGAAAGUAUCGGAUACUGUCACUUAGUGAUGGAUGAGUGUAGUAUAUUUCCUCUCCUUUUUUUCAUAUCUGCUAAUGGAAGUGAAAAAGGAAAGGCGAGUGCAAUGGAAUUGCUUCGGCAACUUAGGGAUACCAAACAUGAUAAUGGCGAUGAUGAUGAACAUGAAUGCUCUAACUCCAACAACAUCGAAUCCGAAGAAUGCUCUAACUCCAACAACAUCAAAUCCGAAGAAUGCUCUAACUCCAACAACAUCGAAUCCGAAGAUGCUAACGUUUAUUCGAAAGACAAGAUGUCCUGUAAUACAUUGUUUGGAGUGAAAUUACCAAAGUUCUCAAGAACCAGUGCACCUAAAAAGAAGAAAUGAAACUAGGAUUUUCCUGCUCUGACAAUGUUAUGGUUAACAAAAAUUUGCCAGGGGGUGAUUUGCUUUUG